CUUAUAUUCUACUAUUUAGAUUUCUGCCGUCGGAAUAUAAUUAUACUACGCGAUAGAUUAAUAGGCUUUAUAGACUUUAGGUAUACAGGUUUUUUCCCUUGCUUUUUCGAAAUUAUUUCCUUAGAAUACUUAAAUCCCUAUAAUCCUAAUUAUACCGGGCUAUUUAAAGCAGCGGCGAUAUAA